ACAAAUCUCCCAUCUGUAAGGGUCACGUCCCCUGUGGCUGUAAACUCUGGACUAAGGAAGGGCUGGUGGCUUUCAAAAGAUAAAGACAAGUAGAAAAUUCUACAAGACUGUGUGACAACCCAGAGUUACAGUCUCCUGGGAGUGUGUGAGUGCUCAGCUGGAACCAAGGGGCUGAUCCACGAGACAGUGUUGGUGGCACCAUCAUAUCACAACCCAUGGCCAAUCAGACCAUCGUAGUUCUGACACCAAAUGGCAUCAACUUCCCCCAAACAGAGACACCCAAGCCCACCAACCAGAGGCAAGACAGCCUAGAGAAACGUCUAAAAGCAGAGAUCAAAGUUCUUGGGACAAUCCAGAUCCUGUGUGGGGCAAUGGUGUUGAGUUGGGGAAUUAUUUUGGUAUCUGUUCCCUCCUCUCCACAAUAUACCCCGAUGCUUUCCAUCCUGUUGAAGGCUGCUUACCCAUUCGUAGGAGCCUUGUGUUUUGUCAUUUCUGGAAUUCUAUCUGUCAUCAUGGAGAAAAAAUCAACUAAACUUUUGGCUCAGAGCGGUGUGGCUGCAAACAUUCUGAGCUCUCUAUGUGCUCUCGUGGGUUUUAUUCUCCUCUCUGUCAACCUGGCUGCUUUGGAUCCUGCCUUUUGGAAUUGUACCUUGAACAAAGAGGGCAAGGUACCUAGAGGACAUCCUUUUUUCCGUUUUCUCUGGCCAUAUGCUAAGACUAACUGUUUCAUGGCCAAAACCCUUCUGGCUGGAACUCUGUCUGUGAUGCUGAUUUGCACAGUUCUGGAGUUCUGUCUGGCCUUGCUCGCUGCUGCAGUUUGGUGGAAAGAGGCUCAUUCCAACUUUGCUGGGAGUGUGCUUUUCUUGCCCCAGAGUUACAAGAAUAAAUCCAGCAUGCCCGCAAAGGCGUUUUCUGACCCUGGAAAUGAAGAACUACUGCCUUCUUAGGGGAAAUAUUCAUCAGAAAUUCGGUUUUAUGAUGCCGUAUAAAAACCAACCAAAGAGACUCAACUCAAGAAAGCAAAGGUUGAAUUCUCUGAAAAGUAGGCUUUUAUAUAAUGAACACUGAAAAUAUAUCUUUGUUUUCUUGUUAUGGAAUAUAUUUGUUCAAUGGGGGGGGGUCUCUUGAUUUGCCAUCAGGCAAAGUGCAGAUGUGUACAUUACCACUUCCUAGACUGCCAGAUAGACAUGUCCCAAGAAACUAGACAGAAUUGUGUGAUUCAGAGGUCAUGGUGAAGUAAAGGAGACAACUCUUUCUUGUCCUCCUUAAUUGCAAACAGGAGUCAACCGAGUAAUGGUGGUGUUCAGACUCUUUCAUGGUAGACCCUAGUGUUGCAUCACAUGAUUAUUCUCAUUACAACAUGCAGACAUGCCCCCCACGAUUAAGUGUCAGGAGCUGUGUAAGUAAUUGGCUUCAACAUAAAAUCCGUAUUGCAUUACUAUGAUGUGUGUUUUUUCCACACCACCAAGCCAUCAACUCAGUGCUGACACUAUCUAUCUACCUGGAGAUAAAUAACAUCACACCCCACACAGCUGAAGGGCUCAGUGCUUAUGGAUGGAGGUUCUCCAGACCUCCUCCUUGGUUGUUGCUUUCUUGAGAGUGGCUCACAGAACUCAGAGAAACAUUUCAUUUCCUGGCUUACCAGUGUAUUAUAAAAGGAUAUGACCAUAGAAGAGCCAUGUGGAAGAGAACAGAGGGCAAGGAAUGGGAAGGAGUGUGGAGCACCACUGUCCCUGAAUCUCCCUGGGUUUACCAAGAAGCUAUCCCAAUCCUAUCCUUUGGGCGGUUUAUGGAGGCUUUGUUACAUAUGCAAGAUUGAUUAAAUCAUUAGCCAUUGGUGAUUAGACUCAGUUUUUAGCCCCUCUCUCCUUUCCAGAUGUCGUGGGGGGUGGGGAGCAGGUGGACUGAAAGUGCCCAUCCUCUAAUCAUAAGGUUGGUUCCUCUGCCUGGGAAGGUUCCCCAACCCAUCCUUAGGUUCCCUGAG